CGCGGGGGCGCGAUGGCGGCGACGGUGCUGGUGGCUGCGCGGCUGCUGCGCGGCGUCGGGGCCGGAGGCCCGCGGCCCAGGUUUGGACCCUCUGCACACAGACAGUUUAGUAGCGGAGGCGCCUAUCCCAACAUCCCUCUGUCUUCUCCCUUACCUGGAGUACCCAAGCCUGUAUUUGCUACAGUCGAUGGACAGGAAAAAUUUGAAACCAAAGUUACCAGGCUGGAUAAUGGGCUUCAAGUGGCAUCUCAAAAUAAGUUUGGACAGUUUUGUACAGUAGGAAUUCUUAUUAAUUCAGGAUCAAGAUAUGAAGCGAAGUAUUUUAGCGGAAUUGCUCACUUUUUGGAAAAAUUGGCAUUUUCGUCUACUGCUCGAUUUGACAACAAAGAUGAAAUUCUGCUUACUUUGGAAAAGCACGGGGGUAUCUGUGACUGCCAGACCUCAAGAGAUACCACCAUGUAUGCUGUGUCUGCUGACAGUAAAGGCCUGGACACUGUGGUCGGCUUGCUGGCUGAGGUGACUCUGCACCCCCGCCUGACAGAUGAAGAAAUAGAGAUGACACGGAUGGCUGUCCAGUUUGAGCUGGAGGACCUGAACAUGCGACCUGACCCUGAACCACUUCUCACUGAGAUGAUUCAUGAAGCUGCGUACAGGGGGAACACUGUGGGCCUCCACCGUUUCUGCCCUUCAGAAAACAUAGCCAAGAUUGACCGAGAAGUGCUCCAUUCUUACCUGAGGAACUACUACACCCCUGACCGCAUGGUUCUGGCUGGAGUGGGCGUUGAACAUGAGCAUUUGGUGGAAUGUGCUGAAAAGUACCUGCUUAGAGCCCAGCCAGCCUGGGGGAGUGCUGGGGCUGUGGAGGUGGACAGAUCUGUAGCGCAGUACACCGGGGGGAUUGUCAAGCUAGAGAGAGACAUGUCCAACGUCAGCCUUGGCCCAACCCCUAUCCCAGAGCUCACACACAUCAUGGUGGGGCUUGAGAGUUGCUCCUUCCUGGAGGAAGAUUUUAUCCCUUUCGCUGUGCUGAACAUGAUGAUGGGAGGAGGGGGCUCCUUCUCAGCUGGUGGGCCAGGCAAGGGCAUGUUCUCCAGGCUCUACCUCAACGUGCUCAACAGGCACCACUGGAUGUACAAUGCGACCUCCUACCAUCAUAGCUAUGAAGACACUGGCCUCUUGUGCAUUCAUGCUAGCGCCGACCCAAGACAGGUUCGGGAUAUGGUAGAAAUUAUCACAAAGGAAUUUAUUUUGAUGGGCGGAGCUGUGGAUGCAGUGGAGCUGGAGCGGGCCAAGACACAGCUGAUGUCGAUGCUCAUGAUGAACCUGGAGUCCAGGCCUGUCAUCUUUGAGGACGUGGGGAGGCAGGUACUGGCCACUCGCUCCAGAAAGCUGCCCCAUGAGCUGUGCACGCUCAUCCGCAAUGUGAAGCCAGAAGAUGUCAGGAGGGUUGCGACUAAGAUGUUGCGUGGGAAGCCUGCUGUGGCCGCCCUGGGGGAUCUGACCAACCUGCCCACUUACGAGCACAUCCAGGCGGCGUUGGCCAGCAGAGAUGGGCGACUGCCGCGAACUUACCGGCUCUUUCGGUAGAGGCCUCCAGGAUCUUCAGGGACCCCAGCUGCAGGGAGGUGUCUCCAUUCAACUGCACUCUGGACACCUGGAACCUUCACCCUGGGCGUCCAGUGAAAGGGUCUGCUUGAUGCCUGCUGGUGGGAACGCAGUCAACUGGGACUGGAGCCUGGGGAUGUCCCAGUGUGCCUCAGGUGACUGUUCUCGCUGGAAGGAUGCCACUGCAGGUGCCCUGAGCACCUGGGGCAGAGCAGGGGUGCUGGCCUAGGUCUUCAACAACUGCUGAGCAUUCCCCUCACCCUGGGAGCCUAACCACAUACCCACUAGGCUGCUCUUCUCAGGGUCUGUGCCCCACAUCACCAGUCCUUCCCAUUCCCUCCUCUCAGCCUCCCUGGCCAUACCCCUUUUCUGUUCAUCUUCCCUUUGACACUAACUUGCACCUCAAAGUCGCCUUCAUGGGCACUUCCUGAGGUAGGUUGUGUAGUUGGUCCUGAACUCUUGAGAACUCUAGUAGCCACACAGGGGCUGGCUACACCUGGACUCUUGCUGAAGGACAGUGUGUGUUUGAGAGAACAAGAGCCAUUUUAAAAACCACCAUCAUGCCUAGUCCUUACUUGGUUCUUUAUGAAGCCUAUUUUCCAUAAUUCACCAGCUUCAUUUAUAUUAAUUUGAAUUUUUUAUUAGACUAAUUUGCCAUGUGAAAUGUUCAUCUAAAUGUAUCAAGUCCAUCAGUAUGCUCUUGACCUCUUACCUUGUUAGGCUCAGCACUCUCUAACUCAGGCCAGACUAAGACAGAGGCACCAGUGGCAGAAAUGGCCUGAGAAAGAACCUAUAAAACCUUCCUCCUUCCAAGGCUGGCUCCACAGGAAUCUUACUAACAAAAAUUUCAGUUCAUUGAUUUGGAACUUGAGAUUCAUUUUGAGCAAAAUACACAUGCAGACCAUUGAAUUUUUAUUGAAGUGGAAUGGUGGGCGCUCUCCCGCUUUAUCAGAAACAUUGGUGCGUUGCUUUAAAGUUUAUAUCCCAUAUUUUGGAAGCUGAUAUUAAUAGAAGUCUUAGUGUUCGCUGGGAUUGCUUGUGGCUUCAGCCCAGUCCACCCGAGUCUUCCCCUUGCGUUGCCUCUGGCCUGCAGGAGGAAUGCUCAGCAGGGACUGGGACAAGACUGUCAGCAGUUGCGAGCCGAGUCAGUUUCCUGCCUUUGUGUUCCAUGGCCUUUUAAAACAAGAACACUGUAAGAAUAGGGUGUGCACACAGACUUUCUUUCCAACAUUCAGUUUU